AAAAUAAUUAAUUUCAGAAGAGAACUGCUUUUUAGUACUUUGCUGAUUAUAUAUAAAUUUAUUUCUAAUUUAUUGAAGUACUUUAACUCUAUGUGAUAUUAACCCACUGUAUAUUAAUUCUAUUUAUGUUCCCAAUAAAUAUAUACUUCACGUAGAAAAUGGUCCUGAACAUCGCUUAUUUCAACAACAUUGUACCGACAGCUGUUUACUUGUAAAGAUCGCCACAACCACCAUUAUGUCGUGCUAGAACACAGAGGUGUAACCCCUCUGGGGUUACUCUAGAGUUUGGCCCUUCUGUACCUGUUAACCUGCUCACUAUAGCCAUAUAGACAAAUAUAAUUUUUAUACCUGUUAGAUAUUAUUUUUUUAAAUAAAUAUAGUAUUGAUUUGAAAAAGGAAGAAAUGAGUAAAAAUAAAAUAGAUGUGGACUGUACAAGACGGUGCAGAUCACGCAACCAUGGAGAAAUGCUCACUAGUGCCAUUACUAAGAGAUCGAAAUCUGAUCAAUCUUUGGCUUGCUUUAUCAAGGCGACAUGUGCAAAUUUUGUCAAAGCCUUCGAUUUUGAGGGGCGAACUGCUCUGCACAUGUCAGCUUCUCGCGGCCGAUGCCGUCUUAUGGACUGGUUAAUACGCCACUCUUCGGAAGCCUUCGUGAACGCUCGUGACCGCGAAUCGGGGUACACUCCACUGCAUAGAAGUGUAUUUUAUGGUCAAAUACAUUCUGCUAUAUCUCUCAUGAAAAUAGGUGUGAACAUAGAUAUUGUCGACAAAGAUGAUUACAAAGCUCUAGAGCAUGCUACAUUGGACAGACAAUAUAUGUACAAACAUGAGGGCCAUCAGCCUAGUGAGGUGUAUGUUUGGGGGAGCAACUCUAACUACACUCUGGGAACGGGCACACAGCAACAACGGAAUACUCCCGAAAUGCUGGGAUGUUUCGGCAGAAAUAAUACAUUAGUUAAACAAGUGUGUUUAGGCAAGUUUCAUAGCGUGUGGGUGUGUGAAGGCGCAGAUGGGACGGAGGUGUGGAGCUGCGGCCAACUCGGUCGUGCUGGCGGCCCGCACUCAACAGCAUUGCAGCCCGUGCAGUUGCGGCUACCUGAAGCAUGCAUGCAGGCCGCAGUUAUGCUCAACUCCACUGUGUUCCUACUUGAGAAUGGCUGCAUUGUGCAAUAUACACUCAACAAUGACAAUAUCAGUCAAUCCAGCACGAAGUCCUCAUCGUCCAUCAGGGUGCCGGGUGUGAAGUCUCUAAUGAAGCUGUCUAAACCGCGCGGCGUGUGCACGUCACGCUGGCACGGCGUGUUCUGGAACGAACACGCUGUGUACACGUGGGGCACCAACGUGGGACAACUGGGACAUUCACAAACGGACAAAGUAGUGCACACACCAAAGAGGGUUGCAGUAUCAGUGAAUAAUAAAGAGGGGGCUGAUAUAAUGUUGGCCGGCGCUGCAGACGCGGCAACAGUGAUCACCACCAGCCGCGGUGACGUCUAUUUACUGCACAAGCAUAUAUGCAAAAAGAUUGCUAUCAAGCAAAUCAACCUGCGACAAGUGUGUGUAGACGCCAAAAUAAGCGAGCAAGGGAUCUACUCGCGAGUAACCGUUUUGCUGCUCACCAACGUCGGCCAGCUACUACUCUGGCAAGACACCACUAAUAAACUCACCAGAUGCGUUUUCGGCUUAAACCACCAGAGUUUUAUAACACAUGUGACACUCACACAUGACGCCGUUUAUUUCACAACUAAGUACGGCGAGGCGUUUGUCGGUAAUAUAUCGCGAAAAACACCUCCCAUAACUUCGCCGGAGCCAAUCAUAAAAGACAAAGAGAAGGAUGCCGGCAAGUCUAUGCUUGUGAAGUUCCUCGAAAAAGAUGAUUGCACCACUGUUCGAAUUACGAAAAUACCAAACAUUCAUAGAGCAGUCUCGAUUGCGGUUGAUAGUGAGGGACAGAACUUUGCUUGUUUACAGAUUAAACCCACAUGUGGACUGACUUCGUUGCCAGAACUUUCUCCAUCCAGUCUCGCGAAGCAAAUGGAAACUCUUCUCGAGACCGCCAGCGACGACGAUUUACUGCACGAUGUAACUUUUAAGGUGGGCACAAGAUAUUACCCCGCACAUAUGUUCAUAGUCGCAUCUGGCAGCGAACAUCUCUACAAACUAUAUCAAGAGAAGCUAACUAGUCCUGAAGACAAACCCGUCAUUUUAUUGGACAAUGUUCUUCCGGAAGUGUUCGAUCGGAUACUACGAUAUAUGUAUACCGGCACUUGUGACGUUGCUGAACUGGGCCCCUGCAGUUUGAAAAUAAGGAGGGAAGAUCUGAAUAUUAUAAUGAAAAGAGAGAAGAGUAUUGAUCUUGAAUUGGAGGUGAUAGAAAAUGAGUCGGAAUUAUCAGCUUUCGAAGUAUACCAAGAACAUAAUAAAACUAAAAAAGGCAACCGUAAAUCUCGAACAUCGGAGACUCCACCGCGCAAUCUCUACUGUGACCCCGUGAAGCUGGUACAGGCCUCUGCCAGGCGUCUGCAAGUUAUAGGCCUUUAUAAGCUUCUAGAUAAAUUCUAUUACAAAGACGGCACAGUGCAUCUGAAGGUCGACGCGACUUACAGUCGCCCCACAGCGUUGUCAUGGCAACGCGCAGAAUUACCAUUGCUAACUGACACGGUAGUAUGCAGCCGAACUGGGCAACCAAUCGCUGCACACCGCUGCAUUCUAGCAGCACGCCUGGACUACUUCCACGGGAUGUUUAUGCAUUCUUGGUCAGAGAGCAAACUGUUAUCUCAAGUGAGCUUACCAAUCAACGACGCAGUUCUUUUGCCUGUAAUAGAUUUUCUAUACACCGACACAUGUCCAGAAAUCAUGAACUCUGAUAGUAUUGACUUCAUCUGUAGUAUGCUUAUAGUCGCAGACCAAUUUCUCAUUACACGUCUACGAGAAAUGUGUGAGAUCGCACUAGCGAACUUGAUUACGCUUAAGAAUUGUUCGGAGCUUUGUCAAUUUGCUCACACUUACAACGCAACACAACUCAAACAAUCCUGCAUGGAAUUCAUAUCUCUAAAUUUAUGCAAUAUCCUAGAAAACCGUGUAUUAGAACACCUUGAAGAUACAUUGCUUGAAGAUAUUACAAAUUAUUAUUGUAAAUUCAAUCCAAUUAUGGCUUCUAGAGUUAUAACACCAUUCUUCAAUGCACCGAGUGAUGAGAUCAUUGACGAUUGCGAAGUGAAUUUUCCUAUUGACUUAGAAGUCACAGAUGACGAUCUCAAACGGGAUGAUAGUAUUGUAGAGGUUAGUAAAAAGAAAAGGCAAUCCAAAAAAAUUGAGUACACUGACAGUGAAAAAGCUAGGAUGAGAUAUGAAUCUGUUAGUUCGGUAACUUCUUUAGAUCUAUCUAAUGAAAUAUCUGGAGAUAUAACAUUGUCUUUGAGCAAUAUAUCUAAAGAGACAGAGAAAGGUGCACGAGAUAAAAAAGAAAAGUGGAUUGAGGUUCCAUCGUCCCAACAAAAGCAGCAGAAGGUAAUUCAAGCAAGGUUGAAGGCAAUAAAUAGCGCCCGAGACAUUUUAAAUGAAACUCCAACGGAAUCGUUUACAAAAUUGACAAAAACCAACUCAUCAAAUUCUAUAAAUAUUAAUAACAUACAAGAUGUCCCAACCUCUUCACGAAUCUCUGUAUCGCCUAAAGACUCUCCCCUAACAGAAUUAUCUAGAAGUCCUCAAGGAAACCUGGUUAUAAGUCAUGUGGGACCAAAGAUGUCGCAGAAACAAAGAAAGAAAUUGGCUAUACAGGGAAUUGUUCAAUCUCCUCAAAAUCUCGAUGAUUAUGUUAAUAAACUAAACAUAAGUAGUCCUCCAGAGAAACCUAAAAAUCCAUGGAAAAUAUGCGAGCUACCAGUCGCUAGCAGCAGCCCCAACAAAAAAACGAUUGAGUUUAAUCAGAUUUUAACUGAUCAGAAAAAACAAAGAGAAGAUUUCUCAAGAAUCAUGACUAAACCUCUAACACUGACACAGCUUGAAGAUAAAGCUAUAGAAGAACUGGAACGAUUCUACAAUGUUCAUGAGGUAGAUGAUGAACUGAUUACAGUGAGACGUAUAGAACUACAUGUAUCUACUCCACAAUGGAUCCACACUGCCCCUAAGUGAUAAAUUUGUGCUCUUUUAUACUCAAUGAUCUUAUUAAUAUUUUAUGUAUUUUAGUACAAAGGAAUGACAUAUAUGGAAUCUUUUUUAUGAUUAUCCUGAUAUGAUAUUAUGACUGUUAUUGUAACAGUGCAAUUUUAAUAGUUCUCAUACCAAAUUCCACUAAUAUAAUACAAUGUUAAUACAUUUCAUAAAUUUAA